UGAGUAGCAAACAGAUAUCUUUGGAGUUUGAACGCGUGUCUGACAUCAAAAUCAAAUGCUGCCUCGUGCGGCAUCGCACGUGUUAUCGGUACCCAAAAUUGCUUGAAGACUGUUUUUUUUGAUUUCGAAAACUAACGUAACAACUACGAAAACAACAGAACGCCAACAAUAAAUAACAAUGAAUUUUAUACCGUGCGUUACAUGGGUAAAGAGGGGAGUUGCAGCGGCGAAUCCUGAUAAGGUGCAACUUACUCCUCAAGAAUUGGAGCAAAUCAUCAACCAAACUCAGUCAGAUCUACGAGAUGUCGAAAAUGGUACAGAUGAUUCUGACGAAGAAUCAACAAACUCCAAAAAGAACGGGACAAAGAACGAAAAAAUCACUGGCGAUGGUGAAGCUAUGGAGGAUGACGAGUAUCACUUUGACAAGUACGACGAAGAAGGAGGUAACAUACACUGCAAUAUCGGAGGAUUAGCGGUCAUAAACGAAGAUGGAACAGAUCCGUAUAUUACAAUACCAGAUAGUGGUGACGAGGACUCUGAAAAAGAAGACGAUAUUAUCAAGCCUGACGAUAAUCUUGUUGUGAUGGGACAUGUUGAAGGAGAUGCUAGUAUUCUGGAAGUGUUUGUGUACAAUGAAGCAGAGGGAUCCUUUUAUUGUCACCAUGAUAUUCUACUACCAUCAUUUCCACUGUGUUUAGAAUGGCUUAAUUUUGACCCCAGCGAUGCAAAGCCGGGUAAUUUUUGUGCUAUUGGCAACAUGACACCCAUUAUCGAGGUUUGGGACUUGGAUCUAGUGGACUGUUUAGAACCAGUAUUUAAACUCGGUUCUAAACCGAGUAAGAAGAGAAAGCAGAAAAGAGUUGGACACAGAGAUGCUGUUCUAGAUGUAGCGUGGAAUUGUAAUUACACACAUGUAUUGGCAAGUGGUUCAGUAGAUCAAACUGUUCUUUUAUGGGAUUUGGAUAACGGAACACCUGUAACUAAAUUGAAUACCUUUAAUGAAAAAGUGCAAGCAAUCAAAUGGCAUCCUAGUGAAGCUCAGCAUCUGCUAACAGGCUGUGGAGAUAAAAAUGCAAGGCUAUUUGAUUGUCGAACUGAAAAUAAUUUUAAACUAUGGGAGUGCGCCGGUGAGGUAGAAAGGGUUUUAUGGAACCAUUUUGACCCCAAUUAUUGUUUUAUAAGCACAGAUAAUGGAAACAUUCACUAUAUUGACAUCAGAAACGAGAAACCAUUGUGGCUACUCUCUGCACACGAAAAGGAAGUAACAGGUCUUUCUCUUAGUACUUCUUGUCCAGGACUUUUAGUCAGCUGUUCAACUGAUAGCUAUGUCAAAGUGUGGGACGCAGUCGAUAAUAAAACACCAGAGCUUGUAUGGGAAACAAAGACAAACCUAGGAGCACUACAAUGUUUGGAAACGAGCCCAAAUAGUCCAUUUAUGUUUGCCGCAGGAGGCGAUAAUAAAUCCCACAAUUUCAAACUAUUUGAUCUACUAGAGAGCACCUCAGUUUCAGAAAGGUUUUCAAAUAGACCAAUGAAAAAAAUAGUAUGCGAAGAGAAUCCUCCCGAAGUUGAUGUAAAACUGAAGAGCAAUACAGCUGAGGUAAUGGACGUCACUGACGAAAUGAAUUCAAUGGCUUUGGGUUCAGUUUCAACUAACAGUCUUAGUAAAAAAAAGAAACGAAAUAAAAAAUAAUAAGUUUCAGAAAGAAUAUAACAUAUUAAGUCCUGUAUAUUUUUCACCUGUCGUUGCAGUCAAAAUGUACGUUUUUCUUUGGGAAACUAUAUCGAACACGUAUUCAUAAAUAUAGACUCCUGUGAUUUUAUACUGUAUAAAAUUGAUGCAAAAUGUACGAUUUACUGUUGAAACAUUUCUAUUACAAAACAGUUGAAAUAGCAGCAUAGAAAGCUGCCUGUUAAUUGUAUUUUUAAAAAGAAUAUAUUUAAGAAGAUAUAUAUCAUUAGAACGAAUAUAAUUAUACCUACUUCGCCAUGUGUCACUGUGCCAUUUCUUCAACAUCGUAAAUAUAUCAUGUAAACGUGAGUAUAAAUUUUUUAAAACACUAUUUCAUUGGUCUGGUAACAAAAGAUAUGGUUGGACAAUAUAUGUAUGUACGUAAUCUCAAUUUUUUCGAAUAAUUCAAUUUUAUUAGAUUAUUUACAUUUAAAAUCAACAGGUUACAUGUAUUCAGUAUACAAUAAUUGUGAACUCAAUUUUGUUGUAAUAAAUCGGCUGUGGAACGAAAAUUUUGCACUGUAACUUUCAUUCGUGGAAAUAUGUAUAGAA